GUUUACACAUUCAGCCUUUGCUUUAGGAUAUGAGGCAGGGAUAAAUAAAAGCACAAUAGAUGGCAAUUUAGUUCCACCAGGUGCUCUUAUUAGAUUUGUGCAAAAAGGAAUUCAGUAUCUCGAGUUGGAAGCAAACUUGGGUAAUGAUGAUGCAGAUAUGGAUGAGGAUUUCUCAUUUCUGCAACCCUUGGAUCUUAUUACAAAGGAUGUAGAUGAACUACAAAAAAUCAUAAAAGAGAAAAAAGAAAAUCUUCACAAGGAUAAGCAUAGAGGUAAGGACAAAGAUACUAGUGAAGUGGACCGGGAACAUGAACGUGAACAUGCACGGGAAAGAGAGAAGGAAAAACAACUGAAGGAAAAAGAAGAGGAGCGUGAUAAAGAGAGGAUUGAAAAGGACAGGGAAAGAAAAAAGGGUAAAGAGAAGGAAAAGAUACAUGAAGAUUUCACUGAUAUGAAGCAUAGUGGAGAUAAGAUUACUGCAAGACAUGAGGAUAAUGGAACUGGUGGAGACAUCCAUGUAGGACCAGAGCCAAUGGAAAUUUCUAUGAACUCAACACCCUUGCCUAUUCAAAUCCAAAGUUGUGAUGUGAUGUCUUUGGAAGGACAUACUUCUGAGGUUUUUGCAUGUGCUUGGAGUCCAUCAGGUUCGCUUCUUGCAUCUGGUUCUGGAGAUUCGACAGCGCGAAUUUGGACCAUUGGAGAUGGACCUUGUAGCUCUAGCAUGCAAAAUGGGCCUCCGAACGUUGUCAUGCUAAAGCAUUUUAAAGGUAGAACAAAUGAGAAAAGCAAGGAUGUGACAACACUUGAUUGGAAUGCAGAGGGGACACUGCUUGCCACAGGCUCUUAUGAUGGCCAAGCAAGAAUAUGGAACAGGGAAGGGGAAUUGAUGAGCACUUUAAACAAACAUAAAGGCCCUAUCUUUUCUUUGAAGUGGAACAAGAAGGGUGAUUAUCUUCUCAGUGGUAGUUUUGAUAAAACUGCAAUUGUAUGGGAUGUAAAGACAGGGGAAUGGAGACAACAAUUUGAAUUUCAUUCAGCUCCUACACUUGAUGUUGAUUGGCGAAACGAUGUUUCAUUUGCAACAUGCUCCACUGACAUGAUGAUAUAUGUUUGUAAAGUUGGAGAGAACCGACCAAUUAAAACUUUUGCAGGGCACCAGGGUGAAGUGAAUGCUAUCAAAUGGGAUCCAACAGGUUCAUUGUUGGCUUCAUGCUCUGAUGAUUCCACUGCAAAGAUCUGGAGCAUGAAACAAGACGCCUGCAUGCAUGAUCUGAAGGAACAUGCCAAGGAGAUAUACACCAUCAGAUGGAGUCCCACAGGGCCGGGAACGAACAACCCCACUCAGCGAUUAUUGUUGGCAAGUGCCUCCUUCGACUCAACAAUAAAGCUAUGGGAUGCAGAAUUGGGGAGCAUUGUCCACAGCUUGACUGGUCACAGGGAUUCUGUAUACUCUGUUGCAUUUAGCCCAAACGGCGAGUAUUUAGCGAGUGGAUCAUUGGAUAAAUGCAUGCACAUAUGGUCUGUGAAGGAAGCCAAGAUUGUGAAAACAUACAAAGGAAGUGGUGGGAUCUUUGAGGUUUGUUGGAACAAAGAAGGUGACAGGAUAGCUGCUGGUUUCUCAAACAAUGUAGUUUGUGUCUUUGAUUUUCGAAUGUAAAGCUUGAAGAAACUCCUCUAUCCAUGUUUAGUCAGGAUCGUGAAUAGGGUAAAUUGGUUGUGAAUCGGAACUUAUUCCUUUUUUCACAUUUGUGCUGCUAACUUAGUUUUUAGGCUUUUUGGUUGACAAAACCUGUAGUAUUAGUAAUGUGGCGAAGAUGCUCCUAAUUCUAAGUCAUUCAUUGGUUAGUAUUGUUAACCCCUGCAUUAUCUUCAAAUAUCUAGUCGUAUAAUGAGUGGCUUACUCUCAUUUC